AUGUCGUACAACCCGCGAAUGUCGAUAAUACCACCGGCGCAAACGCAGUCGCGCACGCGCAAGAAAGAAGAGGAGCCCGAUGCCUUCAUGUGCUUGCCGGAUAAGGAGAUUGUCGCGUGUCUGACAGACAUCGGAAUCCCUUUCUCCGUCGCCGACCUUCACAAGCCCAACCCUGUACAAGUCCAGAUGAUAUUCGAGUGGUUCGCUGAUCUCCUCCUGGAUGCAAACCGGGAGACCGUCGAACCCGCGAUGCGUGCCGCUGCUGAGGACGUAUGUGGCGAGUUCGUCGAUAUUGUGCCUCCCGACACGCGCAAUUUGAUGGGCUUCUACGUAUCUUUGCGCAGGCUUCUCCUUGCCUGUGGCAUUACCGAUUUUAGCUUCUCGGAUCUGUACAAGCCAACGCACCCCCGCCUUGUUAAGAUUUUCAGCUAUCUGAUAAACUUUGUGCGCUUCCGCCAGACUCAGUCAAAGGUUAUCGACAUCCACUUCAACAAAGCCGAGGAAACCAAGGAACGCAUCGAGAUACUCUAUAGCGAGAAUCAAGACGCCGAGGACAGGCUCCGUGAGAUGCGGCACAACCGUAAAGCCAUGGAGGCGCAAGUCCGUGAGAAGACGGAGCGUAACCAGGAAUUAAGAAGGACUCUUUUUGAACUACAACGAACCCAGGAAAAGGUGAUGGCUCGAUUGGAAGAUGCAAAGGCCAAAAAGGGAGAGCUCGCACAAGCCCUCGAGCAGAAAACUACCGAAAAGAUGAUGCUAAAGCAGGAGAGCGCUAAGCUCCGACCAUAUACAUUACAAAGUCCACAGGCAUUGCAAACUAGCCUAACAGAGCUAAAUAACACUCUAAGUGCAGAUAAGGCACACAUCGAUUCAUUGGACCGCCGAGCGCGUGCACUGCAAACUUCGACAGAUUCCUUUGGAGUAGUGUCAACCGAUGUGGCGUCUUGCAUCAAGCUCCUAGAUGAAAUAUCAGUGGAAUUAUCAAAAGAAGAGGAGGAGCAUGCUAGAAAUACCAAGCAACGCGACGCCCUAUCCGAACGAGGUAACAAUGUUCGAGAAGUUGAGCGUACAGAGGCACUGUUGCAGAGGCAACUAGGCAAAUGGAAUGAACGCACAGAGAAACUUCGUGACCAGAGCCGCGAGAAGGCACAAGAAGCCAAGGAGAAGAUGGAGGUACUACGGGCUUUACACAAGAAGCUCACAGAAGAGCGGGCAGCCAAAGGCACUGAGAUCGAACGACGGCGAGUUCGUAUUGAGCAGACUGAGAAGAAGAUGCUCGACCUAAAAGAAACUAUUGACGACGAAGUGCAUAGCGCAUAUGAUGAAUAUCUCAAAAUGGAAUCGCACAUCAAGCUUUACAUUACCGAGAUGGAACAAGCUAUCUGA